AUCUGGGGGAGAUGUCAGGCAGGAAGAAACACACCAGACCAACAUUUAGUGGACAUCAGAUUUUUGCCCUGGAGAAAACCUUCGAGCAGACCAAGUACCUGGCCGGGCCGGAGAGAGCCAGACUGGCCUAUUCUCUGGGAAUGACCGAGUCACAAGUCAAGGUGUGGUUUCAGAACCGACGCACCAAGUGGCGGAAGAAGAGCGCCUCGGAGCCGAGCUCCACGCAGUCCAGCCUGGCGGGGACCGGCGGGGAGGCCUCGGAGAACGAGGUGGAGGACGAGGAGUACAACAAGCCUCUGGACCCGGACUCCGACGACGAUAAGAUCCGCCUGCUGCUGCGCAAACACCACAGAGCUUUCUCCGUGCUGCGCCUCGGCCCGCACCAUGUCUGACCCACUUCCGGCGAAUCACACACUGCACAGCACUCAUGCAUGCUGUUAUGAGAGUUAUUCGUUUUAAAUUAAAAAAGCAUGUUCAGAAGAGGUCAUAUGUGGUACAACAACAAAGUAUCACUGGGGUCAAUCAACAGGCUGCAGAAAUGAAUCUAAAAGACGUUUACUUUUAUAAGUUACUGUAUCUCUGGCCUGUUUAAUGUUACACGGGUGUGUGGGGGAAUUAUGUUAUCAAUUUUUGUAAAAAUAUAAGAAAAUGUUACUAUAGAAACUGCAUGAU